UGCGUCAUUCGUGUAUUCUCACUCGUGGAGAGAACUGAGACAAACGGUGAGUGGGAAAUCCCAAGGCUGGAUGUGCCCGUGACCCUCCUCCUGCCCCCUUGCUGCCAGCCCAGGUCACCCCGGCUGUUUUCCAGUUGCUGCCUUCCCUUCUCUGUCUGUGAGAGACAGUCAGCGGUCUGUCUGAGGAGAUCUGUUGGUGCUCGGGGAGUUGGCGAUCUGAGCAAUGCAGAGAACUCCAAAUACAAGGACUGUACCCGUGGGACUGGAGUGUAUCACCAGGGAACUCCAGUGCUCCAUCUGCUUGGAGCUCUACACCGAUGCAGCCACCCUUCACUGUGGUCACAAAUUCUGCCGGCAAUGCAUCACCCGGUACCAGCGAUACCCCCCAAAGGGUGCCAACCACCAGUGCCCUGAGUGUUGUCGGCCAUUCAGCUGUGACAGCAUCAUCACGGAUUACACCGUUAAUAACAUUGUGCAAAAGAUUCGGCAGGUAAUGGACCGAGAUAUUGGUGAAGCCAAACAGCUCGUGGCCUUUGACCUGUCUGGAUCAAUCGCCAUUAACGAGGACGUCCUGAGAAGUUGCUUCUUAGCAGAGGAUGUGAAGGAUCGUCCCCUGUGUCUGAUUUCCAUCAUCGGCGAGGAGAGAAAAGGCAAAUCCUUUUUACUCAACUAUCUGCUGCGGAGGCUGUCUCAACUGGAACUGAAAGAUCAACAGUGGUUAGGAGCAGAGGAUGAAGAUCUCACCGGAUUCGAAUGGAAAUCUGGUGCAAACACUACGACCAAAGGGGUUUUUAUCUGGAGCAAACCCUUCCUGAUGGAGACAGGGAGAGGAAAGGUGGUGAUCUUCGUGUUGGACUCUGAGGGUUGUAACAGUGUCGGACAAGACACAGCCUGCAUUGUCCAACUGUCAGCACUCAGCAUGUUACUCAGUUCCUACUUGAUCUUUAACAUUUCUACCAAGCUGAAGCAGACAGAUCUGGAUGACUUAGAGAAAUUUCUCGAUCUGGCCCAACAAACCGGAGAGGCUAUCGACUUGGAUCCCAUUCAGCACGUUGACUUUGUGGUGAGGGAUUGGUUUGGGUCAAUAGACUACGGUGAAAAAGGUGGUGUCAAGCAUCUGCAAGAGACUCUUCAGAAAGUUCAGAAAUCGAAUUCAACUUAUCCUCCUUUCAUGGAAAAAAUCCUCGCAAAGUCUCGAUGCUACCUCCUACCGUUUCCUGGGAAAUCGAUUGCCCUUAGCUCCAAAGGGCAUGUCAAAGAUAUGGACAGUGAUUUCCGAGAUGCCCUGGUGGAUUAUUGCGACGUCCUCCUGCAGACUCUGCCCGGCUGCACACGGAAAGACAGCAAGGGCUUCGAUGUGUCUGGCUCGCAGUUUUUCAGUCAGAUGAAGCUUUUCACCGAAACCAUCGAGAAGUACUCACUGAAGAUAAGGACGCCUCACGAGAUGGCCGAUGCGCUUUGCAAUGUGAAUUGUGCGAAGAAAUGUCUCGCAGAUUUUGAUGAGUUCCUCAGGCAGCAGAAGCAAAGUUCAGACGGCGUGUUUAAGAGCGUGAGGGUGGUCCCGAGUACGAUGAGGAGUUUGCUGGAGGCCAGGGCUGAGAAGCUGUCGGAGGAGUUUGUUUGUGCCGCCCGAGGGAAUGCGACAGAGCGGGAGCAAGAGACAGCCCGGCUGCAGGACCAGCUGCACAGGAGGAUCCAAACGUUCUGCACCAUGUAUGGGAGCAGCUUCCGCAGGGGCGUCAUCAAGUGUGGGGUCAUGGCGGGUGCAGCCGCCCUCGGCACGGCCGGGGCCACUGUGGGGGCCAUUGUCGCCGGCCCCGUCCUGGCUGCGGGCGCCGUGCUGUCGGGCACACUGGAGGGAGCUGGCAUUGCCCUGGGGGCAGGUCUGGGCACCGGCCUGGGGGCGCUGCUGGGCAGUGGGGUUGGUGCCGGCGUGGGAGCCGGAGUGGGGCAGGCUCUAAGGUCACAGCAGUCAUCCAGUGGUGCCAGACCUGGUCGACCGGCAGACAGCGAGGCACUGCUGAAGGACGCGGGUAGGGAGAGCUAAGCUUUGAUCCGGCUUUGCAGGCGGCGGGUGGUCAACGUCUGUGAUCUUCCCAGUCGCUCAGCGGCUCCUCGAGGGUCUCAGCUCCUCAGAGAUGGCACCUUCAAGAACAUCGACAGGCACCUGCACACACUGUUGUGACUCUGCCUGUUUUCUUCACAGCUGUGCACAUCGCAGCGUGCGCCAACACUCAGUGGGCAAACUCGCCCACGGAAGGUGCAGUGGUUACAACUGCUCCCAGACAACUUGACCCACAUACUCGAACCCUGAACAGCAAAAUCUCACCAAUAAAUUAUC